AUGAGACGGCUCAUUCUCGUGCUCACCACCUGCGCGUUCGCAGAGUCCAUUGGAACUAUGCUUGUACAAGGACACGCCGACACAAUACGGACCCUCAGAGACAUCGUGAAGCACUCUUACCAGCCGUGAGUUAUCAUUCUUUCUUUUUCGAAGAGCGGGAUAUUGCUUGACAUCAUAACAGGCUCUAAUUUGUGUGUGAACACGAACGAAUGAGUCAGAGCCCUUUGAAAGACCACAAGGAAACCGUCUUUGUUGUCCUCUUUCCCUCAACUUUUCCUUUAUUCAGAGCUCUCCCCGAAUGGCUGCCGCCUCCAGAAAUGCCGACGCCUUCAGAAGUCGUUCUCAGCGAAAGGAAGACGAAGACGUCACCUGCGUCAAAGACGAGAAAAGUUCAGUUUGUCGGCAAAGGCCGUGCUCGUCGUCACAUCGGAAAUGUCGUCGUGGAGUCAGGUACCGUUCCGAAGACGUUAUUUUUCAAUUCGCUUCGGUUCCAGGACAGUGUGACCACGUGGAUCUGAUGGACUGUUCGGACUUCGAAACGGACGAGAUGACGUGCAUGCUGACUGCAACGGGGAUGACGUGUUGCGUGUGCACGGGACUGCUCCGAGCAGCCAAACGGAGUCUGUUCUGA